AUGGGUCUGCCCCAGGCUCUCAACAAAAAUAGAUUUGUACCCCCAACCAAAAGCAUCGCAAGGGGACCAGCGCAUUGUUCCUCUGCAAGGGAAACGUCCCAGGCUGGCAGUGAGGAGACAAAGCCCCUGGCGAUCCACCGCUGGGAAGGCUUUCUGCAGAGCACCAAGAAGCAGCACUGCAGGCAUUCAGGUGGCCAGACACCAGCUCUGCCCCCGGGCAGGCUGCCCGGCCCCGGCUCCCCUCCCUACCUGUGGGCCCCGGGGGCCGGGCCGGGCUGGCGGAGGCGGAGGGAGGAGGGCGGCCGGGCAGGGCCAGGCGGGCCCGGCGGGAGCUGCAGCGGGGCGGGCCGGAGCUCGGCGCUGCCUCAGGAAGUUAUUUUGCAAAGAAGAAUACAUGUAAGAAACAAGAUGUCUCAUGACGGGAGACGAUACCAAGAUAAGCAAUACAGGCACUCUGAGAAUCAUAGAUCUGAAAGAUACAAGGAAGACAGAAGAGCAAGAAAACCAUACCCAUACAAUGGAAGACCAACAGAAAAUAUCCAAGGUGGCCAGCACUCAAGGAUUUCCACUGAUUGCACAAACCCUUACUCUAAAACCUUGGGAACAGCACGGGAAUAUUUUGGCCCACCAGCAGAGUGUUACCCUCCCAAGGAAACCUUCUCAAUGAAGUGUUCAAAGGUAUGCACAACAAGAGGCAUUUUGAAGUUUGUGGAAAUCACAGUUAACCUGCUGGUGCUGAUCUGCGUGGGUGCUGCCCAAGCCUCUGUUGCCGGCUUCACGUCCCUUGGCGGCCUGGGCACUGGAUCCUUCAGCCUGAAUUCAGCCUAUAGCCCCUUUGAGGGCACGGAGCUGCGGGAGGUGAGGGAGCUUGACAUGCAGUUCACCCAGAUGAGAGCCCCUGGCGUGUAUGGCGGAGUAGCCUUCAGCCUCACGGCAGCAGCACUUACCCUGGUCUUCCUUGUCGUCGGGGCAAAACCCAUCCAGCAGCUCCGGAUGGGGCUGCUGGCAGGCGAAUGUGCCUUCAGCCUGCUGGCAGGUGCGGCCUACGUGGGGGCAGUCGGCCUCUACCUGCAUCUUGUCAGCCAGGUGAACUCCACAGAGGUUUGCAAGAGGCGCGAGAGGCUCUAUGCACGCCGUGGUUAUACCUCCAUGAACUGCGUGGUCCAGGGUGGCGACGCGGCCGUCGGCCUUUUUGGUGUCGCUGCUGCCUGUUUGUACUUUGCUAGCUCUGUGGUCUGCAUCCGUGCUCUCCGAACCGUCCGGGCCUUCCAGAGCCACCAGGCAGCCAAGGCUCAGCACAGCCCCAAGAGCAGCAUGAAAGACAGAAGGGCCAGAAACCACCAUGAUGUCCACAGGACCUCUGAAAGCUCCCACAAUGGCCAGGCUCUUGCCACCUUAGUGUGAAGUCAGCUCUGGGACUGUGCCAGAGAGCUGGCGCUUCAGCACAGGAUGGACACUGGGCGUUGCAUGCUAAACAGGUGAUCAGUCCACAGUGUAUCAUCCUAGAAGGUGCUGAAGUGUGUUAUCAAACCACCAAAUGUAAC